GUCUGUUUUUAUCGGCCUCUUUUGUUUUUGUUAAGGUUAUGAUUCCUUGUACUAACAGAAACAAAAUCGUUCCUAGAACGUUUCUUAUACCUUUUCGUCGUAUCCUUAUACUAGACAACUUACCUUGCGAAACCUCGAGAUUGGGUGGCAUACUUUCAAUUUCAGGAUUGAUUGACCCCUUCUUCCAGUCAAGUGUCAAGUGUUGAGUGGAAAUGGACGAUGAUGAUGGUGUUUAUCAUCUGGCUGCGCCAGUGGCCCAACAAGGAGGCCUCAUCAUCAAGAAAAAGAGUCAGGAUGGAGGCAGCUCUGUCUUUAAAGUUCCAGAAGUGAAAAAGUCACUCUUAGGGCUUGAUAGGUUGGCAGCUGCUCGCCGAAAAGAUAAAGAAGAUGAUCAAGAUGACAGAGCUUUCAAAAGAUCCAAAGUGAUGUCAUAUCAAGAGGGCGACAGUGAUGAGGAUGAUAACACUGAUGAUAAUAAUGGAAUCGAGGGACGCGAUGUCAUGGAUAAAUCAAAAUCAUCAAAACAGAAACUUGAAAGAAUUUAUCGAUCUUCUGGUGAAGAAACGCCAACUCACACAGGAGGUUUGAGUGAUGCUGCUCGAAACCGUUUGGCAGAGCACACUGCCAAACGAGAAAGAGGGAUUCAUCUGACAUCAAAGGGUGAUGACAAUGAGUCACAUGAUGAUAAACAGACAAGAGAAAAAUAUCAGAAAAAUGAGAGGGAUAAAUAUCGGAACAAAGACAGGCAUAGAGAAAAAGAUAGGAGUAAGGAUCACUACAGCAGAGAUAGAGACCGGCACAGACAAAGGGAUAGAAAUGACAGAAGAGACCAUAGAGAUAGUGAGCGAAGUCAAAAAGGUGACAAGUCUCAACGCAGUGAGCAUGAACGUGGCUCAAGCCGUUCCCGAGAAUGGUCAGAGACUCCACGCUUCCGUGAUGAACCUCGUACACCUUCUUUUAACGUUAGGGAUAGUCCCUCCAGGUCUGGCUGGGAUGAAGAUGACCCAACUCCCGGGCGCAGAUCAAGUUGGGAUUUGCCUACCCCCAAAGUCCAUAAAUCAAGUGACUCUGAUUGGUCAGAAAGAUCUCAUAGAAGGAGAACAGACAGACCAGAUCGUAAAGAUCGUGCAGAUGAGACACCAAGGCCGACUCCUGCUCACAAAUUCAAUACGUGGGCUAAAGACCGCAAAAAGACAGGUGCCACUCCAUCUAUUGGUAAAGAUGAUGGCAUACAGUGGGCCCAAGACGAAGACAAAGCGCUAUGGGAGGAGGAACAGAAACGGCUGGACAGAGAGUGGUAUAACAUUGAUGAUGGCUUUGAUGAUACCCAGAAUCCCUUUUCAAACCUGAGUGAAGAAUAUACAAAGAAAAAGGAGGAACAAUUAGAGCAACGUAAGAAGAAGAGAAUGUCAGCCCAGCAGAGGCAAAUAAAUAAAGAUAAUGAGCUUUGGGAACGAAAUCGGAUGUUAACGUCAGGUGUUGUUCAGUCUGUUGACGUCGAUGAAGAUUUUGAGGAGGAAAAUGAAGCAAGAGUGCAUCUUUUAGUUCACAACAUUGUUCCUCCAUUCCUUGACGGUAGAAUUGUGUUCACUAAGCAACCAGAGCCUGUUGUUCCUGUCAAGGAUCCUACUUCAGACAUGGCUCUUACUUCAAGAAAAGGCUCUGCCCUGGUACGCACCUAUCGGGAACAAAAGGAACGGAGAAAAGCGCAAAAAAAGCAUUGGGAGCUAGGAGGCACUACAAUUGGUAAUAUAAUGGGUGUAAAGAAGAAAGAAGAAGAAGAUGUAGGGAUGGGAGAUGACGAUCGUGCCGAUUACAAGACGGAGCAGAAGUUUGCUGAUCAUAUGAAGGAUACUCCAGCAGCCUCUAGUGAAUUCGCUAAGAAGAAAUCAAUAUUACAACAGCGCCAAUACCUUCCUGUUUUUGCUGUGAGACAGGAGCUUUUGAAUGUUAUUAGAGAAAACAAUGUGGUUAUAAUUGUUGGAGAAACUGGGAGUGGAAAAACUACUCAAUUGACUCAGUAUUUGCAUGAAGAAGGGUACAGUAAAUAUGGCAUGAUUGGAUGUACACAGCCACGUCGUGUUGCAGCAAUGUCAGUUGCAAAGAGAGUGUCAGAUGAAAUGGGAACUGGUCUUGGUCAAGAAGUUGGCUAUGCCAUCCGAUUUGAAGAUUGCACUUCUGAGAAAACGGUAAUCAAGUACAUGACAGAUGGUAUCCUACUUCGAGAGUCGUUGAGGGAAUCAGAUCUUGAUAAUUAUAGUUGCAUCAUUAUGGAUGAAGCUCAUGAAAGAUCACUGAGCACUGAUGUUCUUUUUGGUUUAUUAAGAGAGAUAGUAGCAAGGAGACAUGAUCUUAAGCUUAUUGUCACAUCAGCUACCAUGAAUGCAGAGAAAUUCUCAACUUUCUUUGGAAAUGUGCCUUCUUACACCAUACCUGGUCGCACAUUCCCUGUUGAUGUACUCUUUAGCAGAAAUCCAGUUGAAGAUUAUGUUGAUGCAGCUGUGAAGCAGGCAUUGCAGAUUCAUUUGCAGCCUACAGUUGGUGAUAUUCUGAUUUUCAUGCCAGGUCAAGAAGACAUUGAAGUAACUUGUGAAGUCUUAGCUGAGAGAUUAGGAGAGCUAGAAAAUGCGCCUGCCCUUUCUAUACUUCCAAUUUAUUCUCAAUUGCCUUCUGAUCUUCAAGCAAAAAUUUUUCAAAAGUCCCCAGAAAAUAUACGGAAGUGUGUUGUAGCCACAAAUAUUGCUGAAACCUCCCUUACCGUUGAUGGCAUAAUUUUUGUUGUUGAUGCUGGCUACUGCAAGCUGAAAGUUUAUAACCCUCGAAUAGGUAUGGACGCUCUUCAAAUCUAUCCCAUUAGUCAGGCUAAUGCUAAUCAACGCUCAGGCAGAGCGGGUCGUACUGGCCCUGGACAGUGUUACAGAUUAUACACUGAGCGUCAGUACAAAGAUGAACUUUUGGUAACAACAGUGCCUGAAAUUCAGCGCACAAAUCUGGCAAAUACUGUCUUAUUAUUAAAAUCGUUAGGAGUUCAAGAUUUGUUACAGUUCCACUUUAUGGACCCACCUCCCCAGGACAACAUUUUGAACUCCCUCUACCAACUGUGGAUUUUAGGCGCCCUAGAUAAUACUGGGACACUGACACCAUUGGGGAGGCAGAUGGCUGAGUUUCCUUUGGACCCUCCUCAAUGUCAAAUGCUGAUUGUGUCUUGCCAAAUGGGUUGUUCAGCUGAUGUGCUCAUCAUAGUGUCAAUGUUGUCAGUCCCCUCCAUAUUUUACCGACCGAAAGGGAGAGAGGAAGAAGCUGAUGCAGUUAGAGAAAAGUUUCAAGUUCCUGAAUCAGACCAUUUAACAUACCUUAAUGUGUACAACCAAUGGAAAACCAACAAUUAUUCUGCAUCUUGGUGUAAUGAACACUUCAUUCACGUCAAGGCCAUGAGAAAAGUCCGGGAAGUGAGACAGCAGCUCAAGGACAUAUUGGAUCAACAGAAGUUGGAUUGUGUUUCUUGUGGAACUAACUGGGAUAUUAUAAGAAAAUGUAUCUGUUCGGCCUACUUCCACCAAGCUGCACGCCUGAAGGGUAUAGGAGAGUAUGUUAAUAGCCGAACUGGAAUGCCCUGCCAUCUACACCCUACAUCAGCAUUAUUUGGAAUGGGUUUCACUCCAGAUUAUGUUGUGUACCAUGAACUCAUCAUGACUGCAAAGGAAUACAUGCAAUGUGUCACAGCUGUGGAUGGCCAGUGGCUUGCGGAAUUGGGGCCUAUGUUCUUCUCUAUCAAGGAAACUAAUAGAUCAGGACAAGCCAAGAGACGCCAAGCACAGCAACAUUUAGCUGAUAUGGAGACACAAAUGAAGCAGGCAGAGGCUGAAAUAAUUGCACGCAAGGAGGAACAAGAACGUAAAUUUCUUGCCACUCAACGAAAGAGUGACAUCAUUACUCCAGGUAGUCGUGAGCCAGACACCCCAGCCACACCUAGGAGGACUCCUGCUCGGUUCGGUUUAUGAAAAAUUGGACUUAGUAAAGAAAAGAAAAAUGCUUGACCAAGCAUUGUAUUAUAUAUUAAAUGCUUUAUUGGUUAAUGAAUUACAACAUUUAUCACCAACA